AUGCAAGAAAAUAUGAAAUGGUAUAUACAAGGGUUGGUGUUUGGAUACCUCAGUGCCCCCCAAAGAACUGGGAGGCAAGGUCGUGGUCUGGAGAGGGCAGACGGCCAUCAGGAGCUCCACUGGGUCUGUCACUCGAUCGAGCUUGCUCUUGGCUCGAUCGAGUUGUGCCUCGAGUUAGCUUCCUUCCUAAAACCUGUUCCUGCAAGACUUAGCCAAGAAAAUCACAGAGAUAAAAGGAUAAAGAAAUAUGUACAAGAUAGACAUGGGAAUUCCUCCCAAGUGAGCUUGUUUUAG